AAAGGAUAGGAAGGAGCCUCCUUCUCCUCCUCCUCCUCCUCCUCAGAGUCCCUCAGGGCUGCAGGUGGGAGGGGAGCUCCCUACCCCCAAGAGAGAACCCCUUGGGACUGAGCUCCUUUGGGGCUCCAUGGCCCUCAUUCCCUUCCCUUUCUCCUAAAAGAAGCCCCACAACAGCCCUGCGAGGGAGGCCAGGUAGAGGAAGGAGAAGGAAGGAAGGAGGCCUCUCUCCCCAACAGGGGCUCCAUGGCCCCUUGCCUUUCCCUUUCUCCUAAAAGGAGCCCCACAACAGCCCUGCGAGGGAGAGGAAGGGAGGGCGCUGCUGCUGCUGCUGCUGCUGUGGCUCUUUCUCCAGGGAUUCCCUCCCUUUGGGACCCCUUCCCUCCAGACAGAGUCAGACCCAGAGAGAAGGAAGGAAAGAAGGAGGAGAGGAGGGCCCCCACCUUCGGGCUGGAUGAAGCGCCUGCCUCAGGCAGCAGAGGCUCCUCUUCCACCUUGGGCCGCUUUCUCCUCUGCUUUAGGCACCAAAAGGCCUUGGAGGCAGUGGUUCUCAACCUUGGGUCCUCCAGGCCUUGUAGACUCCAACUCCCAGAAUCCCUCAUGCUUUGGCCAAGCUGGCCGGGACUUCUGGGAGUCGAAGUCCAAAACAUUAGGAGAGCCAAAGGUUGAUGGCCACUGCCUUGGAGGGAAGCAGAGAGAAGGUUUCUUAAAAGAACAGCACCUUUUCUGCCUCAGAGAAGGACUAAAAGGAGGGAAAGGGAAAAGGCCAAAAGAGGAGGAGGCGGUGGCAGGGAAAUGUUAGGGACAGAGCAAGAGGGAGGGAAGGGCAUUGGAAAUGUGGGUUUGUGGCUGAGAAGGAAAGGAAAAUACACAAAAACAGACCCCUUGCUUUUCCUCAUUGCCUUUCUGAGGAGAAGCUCGCAGAGACAAAAACCCCUUUCCAGCUUGGAUUUGGCCCUAUUUAGACAGUGAAAAUAAUCCAGGAUGGAACUCUUGUUGUUCACAUGCAUCCCAAGUGGACCCUAUUAAAUUUGGAAGGGGGGAGAAUAAUCCAUAUCAGGGUUUUUCCCCCAACCUUUUUUAAAAAAGGAUUCGCAUCGUCAGGAGUGUGAAUAACCGACACAAAUGGACCUGGGCCUUGGUGUUCCUGGCAAUUUCACCUGUGACAGAAUCUGGUAAAAGAGGAAAGUGCUUUUCUGCCGUCUUGGAAGAUGCCUGAGUGCACCGAUGGUAAACGAAGAUUCAGUCUGUCAUAAAUUAGGGGAGAAUUUCAGAGCUGGUCAGGCCAAGUACAGAAGAGAAGAGCCAUGCAGAUGAGCUUUGGUGAGAAGAUGCUCAGUUCUGAGGUCCAGCGCAAGCACUUCAGACACUUUGUCUACCAGGAGGCAGCUUUGGGGCCCCGGGAGGUUUGCAGCCAGCUCCACAAUCUCUGCUGCCAGUGGCUGAAGCCAGAGAGACACACCAAGGCUGAGAUGAUGGACCUGGUGAUCCUGGAGCAGUUCCUGGCUGUCCUUCCCCCAGAGAUGGGGAGAUGGGUUCGAGAGUGUGGAGCAGAGACAACUUCCCAAGCAGUAGCCUUGGCAGAGGGCUUCCUCCUGAGCCAGGCAGAGGAGGAGAAGCAGGGAGAGCAGCAGGACUUGCCUGUAAAAGAGAUGGCUGAGAAGGAAAAGCAUCCUUCUGAGUCCAGUCAAAGGCAGAGGCCCAAAUGGAUAACAGAGGAGAAAGAAGGAGAGAGAAUAAGGACUGGGUCUAUGAUUACAAGCACAUCUCUUCAUCCUGAUGGACUCAGAACAGCUUCUGGAAGACUAGAUCAGGUGACCUUUGAGGAGGUGUCUGUGAGUUUCACGGAGAAGGAGUGGGCUCUGCUGGAUCCAGGCCAAAGGGUCCUUCAUCGGGAAGUGAUGGAGGAGAUUUUGGGGGCCCUGUCCUCUCUGAGCAAUGAUGGGCAAGAGAAAGAGUAUAAUGGGAAACCAUGCCAAGCAUUGAUGCACAAAGAGCAAUGCAAACAGGUAAAAGAGAAGGAAAGAAAAGCUAACACCGAAAACAAGUGGAGGACCACACACACUUCUCAAAAAGGUGAUUUUUCUGGAACCUCAAUUCAAGAAAGAAUACAGAAACAAAAUGCACAUGUCAGAAAUUUCAGCUCUGAAGCAAGCCUUACUCUUCACAGAAGAAUUCAGUCAAAAGACAAAUCGUUCAUAGGCGGUGAGUGUGGAAACAGCUCCAUUUCUGUUUCACUUAAAAAUAUUUACCAAAAAAUGAGACCAUUGAAAUGCCUGGAGUUUGUAAAAAGUUUCACUCAGAAAACUACCCUUAACUAUCAUCAAGCAGCUCACACAGGAGAGAAGCCGUUUAAAUGCCUGGAGUGUGGAAAAGGAUUUGCUUUUAAGAGAAACCUCUCCUAUCAUAAAAAAACUCAUACAGGACAGAAACCAUUUAAAUGCCUGGAGUGUGGAAAAGAUUUUAUUCGGAAGACGCACCUCACUCGACAUCAAGCAACUCACACAGGAGAGAAACCAUUUAAAUGCCUGGAGUGUGGAAAAGGUUUUGCUCGGAAGGCGCACCUCACUCAACAUCAAGCAACUCACACAGGAGAGAAACCAUUUAAAUGCCUGGAGUGUGGAAAAGGUUUUAGUGACAAGGCAUACCUUCCUCAACAUCAAGCAAUUCACACAGGAGAGAAACUGUUUAAAUGCCUCGAGUGUGGAAAAGGUUUUACUCGGAAGACAUACCUCUCUUCUCACCAAGCAACUCACACAGGAGAGAAACCCUUUAAAUGCCUGGACUGUGGGAAAGGUUUCGCUCAGAAGACAUACCUCACUCGUCACCAAGCAACUCACACAGGAGAGAAACCCUUUAAAUGCUUGGAGUGUGGAAAAUGUUUUGCUAAUAAGACACACCUCUCUUUUCACAAAGCAACUCACACAGGAGAGAAACCAUUUAAAUGCCUGGAGUGUGGGAAAGGUUUCGCUCAGAAGACAUACCUCACCUAUCAUCAACAAAUUCACACAGGAAAGAAACCAUUUAAGUGCCUGGAGUGUGGAAAAGGUUUUGCUCGGAAGCCACACCUCAUCUAUCAUCAAAAAACUCAUACAGGAGAGAAACCAUUUAAAUGCCUGGAGUGUGGAAAAAGUUUUGCUCAGAAAAAAGGGCUCACUCGACAUCAAGCAACUCACACAGGAGAGAAACCAUUUAAAUGCCUGGAGUGUGGAAAAAGUUUUGCUCAGAAGAAAGGGCUCACUCGACAUCAAGCAACUCACACAGGAAAAGACAAUUUAAAUGCCUGGAGUGUGGAAAAGGUUUCGCUCGGAAACACAGCUCACCUAUCAUCAAAAACUCACACAGCAGAGAACCCAUUUUAAUGCCUGGAAGGUUUCAUUGUGAAAAGAGCAUUUACUCGUCAUCCAUCAAUUCACACAGGAGAGGAACCAUUUAAAUGCCUGAAUUGUAGGAAAGGUUUGCGUGGAAGACACACUUUACCUAUCAUCAAAACACACAUACAGGAGAGGAAACCAUUUAAAUGCAUGGAGUGUGGGGUUUCAUUCAGAUGACAAGCCUCACGAAUCGUCAAGCAACUCACACAGAAGAGAAAACCUUGGAAGUGCCUUGAGUGUGGUAAAAGUUUUACUCAGAAGACAAAUCUCACUUGUCAUCAAGCAAAUCACACAGGAGAGGAGAGAAACCAUUUAAAUGCAUCACAUGUGGAAAAGUUAUAUUGAGAAGAUACACCUCAUUCAUCAUCAAAAAAUUCACACAGGAGAGAAACAUCAGAAAGAAACUCUACUAGAACAUGGCCACAUAGCCUGAAAAACCCACAAAAAACUAUGGAUGCCGGCUAUGAAAGCCUUCAACUUUACAUAGGAGAGAAACCAUUUAAAUGCGUAGAUGUGGAAAAGGUUUCACUGAGAAGACAUACUUCACCUGUCAUAAAGCAACUCGCACAGGAGAGAAGGCCUUUCAAUGCCUAGAAUGUGGGAAGAGGAAUAUUCGGAAGAUACAUCUCACUCGUCAUAAAAAAAAUCACACAAGAAAGGAAACAUUAAAAUUCCUGGAGUGUGGAAAAGGUUUAAUUGAGAAAAGAGACUUCACUCAUCACCAGGCACCUCACACACGAAAGAAACCCUUUAAAUGCCUUUAGCUUGUUUUUGUUUUUGUUGUAUUUGUUACUGUUUUCUGCCUUUUUGGGUAAGAAAUAAAGUUAUUAAAACAUUUUAAAAAACAGAGGAAGGAAACCCUUUAAAUGCUAGUAAACAGUCUUGGAGUGUGCAAAAAGUUAUAUUCAUAGAAUCAUAGAGUUGGAAGAAACCACAAGGGCCAUCCAGUCCAACAUUCAGAAGACACAUCUCACCUAUCCUCAAAAAGCUCACACAGCAGAGAAACCAUUUCAGUGCCUGAAAUGUGGGAAAAGGUAUGUUCAGAAGGCAUUCCUCAUUUGUCAUAAAAAAUAUCGCACAAUAGAAAAAAAAAAACAUUUAAAUACCAUCAAAAAACGGAUGCAGGAGGGAAGCCCUUUAAAUGCCUGGAGUGUGGGGAACGUCUCACUGGGAAAAGAGCCCUCAGUCACCAUCAAGCAACUCCCAAGGGGAGAAGCCAUUCAAAUGCUUGGAGGGUGGGAAGGGAUUUAUUGGGAAGAAACUGCUCACUCAUCAUCACAUAACCUACGCAGGAGAGAAACCAUUCAAAUGCCAAGAGUGUGGGAACGGUUUCACUCAAAACCAUCAAGCAACUCACAGGGCAGAAGUAAUGAAAGGUAUUUGACUGUUUAAAAUGUUCAUUCUGUCCAGAAGGUUAAAAAUGUUCUGUUUUUAGUUCAUGUGUGCGUAUUGUUAGUUUAAAUAAAACGUUCG